AAAAAAAAAAAAUCUCCUCCGUCCCCUCAGCUCCAACACACACACACACACACCAACUGACCUAGCUAGCGAGCUCGCCCUUGCUCCAAUCCGACAUGAGCUAAUUAGUACUAAAAUACUAGUACUACACUUCCACUUAUCCUUGGAUCCAUCCACGCAUCCAUCGAUCUGCAUUGGCCGGUGGCGGAAAAGAUGUGUAGAAAGAAAAGGUCGAGCCAUGGCGACAACAUUGUCCCCAACCACGGCGCGCUGCCGCCGCUGCAGUCGGCGGUGGAGGAGUACGAGGGGCGCCUAGGCCAAGAAGGCCUCCGCCGCCGCCGAGAGGAGAUCAACGACGGUGACCGCCCUGAGAACGGGUUACUUAGGUUGAAGGAGGUGGUGGAGGAUGAGAUCCGCGCAGUCCCGCCGCCGCCGCGCGGGGCUCCUCCUCCCGGCAAAGCAGCCGUGGAAUCUGAUAAAUCUCUGGCAAGUCAGCAGCUGGGUGGGAUCGGCGGCAGCGGCAGUACUACUCGAGGAGGAGGAGGCAAGCCUAAGCGUGGUGGCGCCGGAAAGCAGCCGGCGGCGAGCAGGCACGGCUACCGCGGCGUCCACAAGCGCACGUACGGGCGGUGGGCCUCAGAGAUCAGGGACACCAAAAAGGGCCACCGCGUCUGGAUCGGCACCUACGACACGGCGGAGGCUGCGGCGCGGGCCUACGACGCCGAGGCGCGCAGGAUCCACGGCUGCAAGGCCAAGACCAACUUCACCGCCGGCGAACGGCGCCCCGCGCCGGUGGCGAAGGCCUGCAGGUCGAAGCGGCCAAAGAAAGGAGGAAGUUGUUAGAUGCAGCAAAUAGAGGGUGAAUUGUAUCGGUGGAAUUCACGAACACGAUACACGAUACAAGGAACUCUCCAAUCCGACAGGAUAGAGCCGUUGCCGCCGUCGCCGCCGUCAUGUUCAUAGUUCAUACCUUCUAAUGCCAGCUGGUUCUGUUACAUAUAGCCAACACACAUGCCACAUGCACCAGCUUAGCUGGGUUACACGGCCCAUUCUGGCCCAAUGAAUCGCGAG